AUGGAGAAACAGGGAGACGUACAGGCCAAGCCUGCCACAUUGACGGAUGUCACAGCCUCGAAAACCUCAUCCAUCUCUGACGAUGUUGAGAAGCAGUCCGUACAACAUGGACAAACAGCACAGCUUCAACGACGCCUGCAAUCGCGACACCUGCAGAUGAUUGCUAUAGGAGGAACAAUUGGAACUGGUCUUUUCAUUGGUUCUGGCGGAGCAAUCGCAAAUGCAGGACCGGCCGGAGCUCUCAUAGCAUAUGCCUUCGUCGGCACCCUGGUAUACAGCGUUAUGGUCGCGCUGGGCGAGAUGGCCACAUACCUGCCCGUCGCCGGUGCUUUCACUGUCUACGCUAGUCGUUUCGUCGACCAUAGCUUAUCUUUCGCGAUGAGCUGGAUAUAUUGGUUAUCAUGGGCAAUCACCUUCGCCCUUGAGCUUACAGCAAGUGGUCUCAUCAUUCAGUACUGGCGUCAAGACCUGAAUAUCGGCAUUUUCGUUGGUGUCUUCUGGAUAGUGAUUACAGCACUUAACUUUCUGCCAGUCUCCUUUUAUGGUGAGGUAGAGUUUUGGUUCGCCACAAUCAAGGUUCUGACUGUCAUUGGUUUUAUCAUUUUCGGAAUCUGCAUCGAUGCUGGUGCUGGUCAGAAUGGGUAUCUAGGUUUCGAGACCUGGAAUAAUCCAGGCGCGUUUGCACCUUAUCUCAUCGAGAACAACGACUCUCUCGCCAAAUUCGUCGGCUUCUGGGCUGUACUCAUUCAAGCCGGAUUCUCAUACCAAGGUACUGAACUUGUGGCCAUUGCAGCAGGCGAAACGGACAACCCUCGCAAGAAUGUCCCAGCUGCCAUUCGAAAGACCUUCUGGCGGAUUCUGAUUUUCUUCGUCCUCACCAUAUUCAUGAUCGGCCUUCUAGUGCCAUACGACAACGAACAGCUUCUGAACGACAGCACAGACGCUUCUGCUUCACCCUUCGUCAUCGCCGCUCAAUUAGCUGGUGUCAAGACCUUGCCGGGCCUCAUCAAUGCAGUCCUCCUCUGCGUCGUCCUCUCAGCUGCAAAUUCAAACGUCUACUCCGGCUCCCGUAUCCUCGUUGGUCUUGCCACCGAAGGUCUAGGUCCCGAAAUUUUGACCCGAACCACAAACGGUGGUGUACCAUACGUCGCUGUCGCGUUUACCUCAGUCUUUGGUCUCCUUGGCUUCAUGAACGAGUCCAACAAUGGCAGCGAAGUGUUCAACUGGCUCCUCAACAUCACUGGCGUCGCAGGCUUCAUUUCUUGGACCUGUAUCGGUAUCUCUCACAUCGCAUUCAUGCGCGCCCUGAAGGCGCAGGGUAUCAGCCGAGACACACUUCCCUACAAGGCCAUGUGGCAGCCAUGGUUCAGCUGGUAUGGCAUAUUCUUCAAUGUGCUCAUCAUCUUUACUCAGGGGUUUACAAGCUUUAUUCCAUGGAACACGUCAGAUUUCUUCGUGUCAUACAUUAGUUUGAUCUUGUUCACAGUUUUGUAUGUUGGCCACAAGCUGGUGACCCAGUCGAAGUUUGUGAAGCCUGAAGAGGUAGAUCUCAUCAGUGGAAAGAAGGAGGUAGAUGAGAUGUAUGCGGACGUGCCAGAUGAGCCGAAGACGUUCUGGAAGAAGAUGUCGAGUUGGAUCUUAGGAUAA